UUACAUGAUGCUAAAAAGUUUUAUAUAGCAUAUUUCCUAUUUAAUUUUUUGGUUUUUUUCUGGCUAUCUAUAUAACGUGUCCUCUUUUUUUUUAUUAUCUUGUUGUUUCGGUCUUCGGAAUCACGAUUCUAUCUUCGCAAAAGAUAGACCUUUCAAUCAGAUUGGAUUUCUAGUCAAAAAUUUUUUUUUUUUUUGAAAUUAGUGAAAAUUAUUGUGAUUAUUCAAUGAUGAUUACAAUUUAAUCAUAACGAAUCUGUCUUGUCAUCGAAUUGUUAAACAACAAGGACGACGAAAAAAAAAUUGAAAUGAAUCAUCAUUCUCCUUGAAAACCUUUAAAGCGAAAAAAACAACUAUCAUUUUAUCCUUGUUUUGAAAAGCUAAUGAAACCAAAAAAAUAAUCCAUAAAAUAUGACCACUACAUUAAAAUCACCAACAAACGAAUCAUCAUUAUUUAUUAUAUCACCGGAACAGAAAGCUAAAUAUGAAGCACAAUUUAAAAAAUUAUGUCCAACCGGUGAUUUUAUCAAUGGACAACAGGCACGUGAAAUUUUAUUGCAAUCAAAAUUAUCGCCACAAAUAUUGGCACAUAUAUGGAAUUUAUCCGAUGUUGAUGCCGAUGGCCGUUUAGAUAUUAAUGAAUUUUCGAUUGCAUUACAUUUGAUUGCAUUAAAAUUAAAGGGUGUUGAAUUGCCAACAAUUUUACCACAAUCAUUAAAGGUUUUGGUUGAACCACCACCACCAUUUGCAACAUUUAAUUCAUCAUCUGAGCCGAUAAAUAUUGUAAACUCCCUUCAACAACAACAACAACAAUCAUCGACAACAAUGGUUAUGAAACCAACAACAACAGCAGUUGGUAUGAGUCCAUCGAAUAGUGUACAACAAAUGAAAUCAACAAUGACAAAAUCAUCAACAUCACCAAUAACAGUUAUGGCUGAAUGGUCAAUACCGCAACCAAUAAAAUUGAAAUAUACACAAAUGUUUAAUUCACAUGAUCGUCAACGUACUGGUUUUCUAACCGGUAUUCAAGCACGUAACAUAUUAUUGGAAUCAAAAUUACCGCAAACAAUUUUGGCACAGAUAUGGAAUCUAUCCGAUGUUGAUACUGAUGGUCGAUUAACAUGUGAAGAAUUUGUAUUAGCAAUGUAUCUUGUUGAUAAAGCAAAACGUCAAGAAUCAUUACCAGCAAAAUUACCACCGGAUCUUGUUCCACCAUCAUAUCGUCGUAGUGGUAGUGGUACAUUAUCACAUACAUCAUCAUUAGAUGAUCCAUCAUCCGAACAUAAUGAUCUGAGUAUGGGAAAUAAAAGUAGUUUUGAAGAUAAACGACGUGAAAAUUAUGAAAAAGGACAAGCCGAAUUGGAUCGUCGUCGUGCUGCAUUACAAGAACAAGAACGUCGUCAACGUGAAGAACGUGAACGUAAAGAACGUGAAGAAAAUUUACGUAAAGAAAAAGAACGUUUAGAAGCUGAAAGACGACGACAAGAAGAAUUAGAAUUACAACGGCAAAAAUUACUUGAACAAGAAUUAGAACGUGAAGAACAGAAACGACGACAACAAGAGGUACGUGAAUUAGCACGUAAAGAAAUGGAACGACAAAGACAACGUGAAUUGGAACAAGCUAGACGAACAGAAUUAUUAACACAACGAAGUCGAUUAACGGAAGAAUUACAAAAAUUCAAAUCCAGACGUAAAGUUUUAAUAUUAGAACAUGAACAAAUUGAUAAACAAUUGAAUGAAUCGAAAAAAUUGGCACAAACAUCACGUGAUCGUGUUGUACGUUUAAAAACCGAAAUCGAUGGUAUGCGAAUAAAACGUGAUCAAACAUUAGCUAAACAAACACAGAUAAAAUCACAGAUGAAAUUAUUGACCGAAAAACAAUUAAUUGUUGAACAAGAAAAAGUACGAUUGGCAGCACAGCUAAAAUCAUUGAUUGCAAAUGGAACAAAUAAUGGUAUAAAUGCUGAACAACAAUUAACAUCAUUUGUAUCAAUUUUACAGGCAAAACAAUCACAAAUAAAUCAAUUACGUUCACAAUUAGAACGUAUGCAAGAAGAAUAUAAAAUAAAAAAAGAAGAUGUACUAAAUAGUAAACAAGAAUUGGAACGUUUGAAACAAAUGUAUCAGGAAAAACGACGAAAAGCAUCGAAAUUUCAACAACAAUUAGAAGAUAAACGUAUUGAAGCGGAAAAAGUUCGUGAUGGAAAAGCAUCAUCAAAAUAUGCUGCCGAUACUGAUGUUGCAUGGGGACAAGAAGUACCAACAAAUUUUGAAUGGCCAUCACAACAAAAUGAUGAUAAUAAAAAAAUUGUUGAUAAUAAUCAACAAUGGUCAAAUCAAAAUCAAAUAAAUCCUACAGCAACGAAUUCAAUACGAACAAAAUUUCGUUAUCGUUGUGUAUUUGAAUUUGAGGCCCGAAAUUCGGAUGAAAUUACAAUAAAACCAGGUGAUUUGAUUAUAGUUGAUACAAGUGCUUGUUCCGAAGAAGGAUGGUUAUCCGGUGAAAUUAAUGGUAAAAUUGGUUGGUUUCCCAAAGAUUAUGCCGUAUUGGAUGAAGAUAAUGAUGAUAAAAAGAAUAAUGAACAACAAACGGCUGUAUUAACAAAAGCUGAAAAUGCUGAAGAUAUUCGUGAAGCAAUAGCAUUAUAUGAUUUAUCAUCAAAUGAAACUGGUCAUCUAUCAUUCCAAAAAGAUGAUCAUCUUCGUAUUACACAACAACAGGAUUCAUGGUUUUUUGGUGAUCUUUUAGAUUCGAAUGGCCAUACAAUUGGAUCUGGUUGGUUUCCCGAAAGUUAUGUACAGAUUUCAACAACAUCAUCGAAUCCUGUUGUUGUUGGUGAUAAAAAUCUAUCACAAUCAUCAUCAUCAUCAUCACAGUAUUAUGUUAGCUUGUUUGCAUUCGAAUCAGUCGAACCGGGUGAUCUUGGUUUCGAUGUUAAUGAAUUAAUUAAAAUAGAAAAACAAGAUGGUGAUUGGUGGACUGGUGUUAUUAUUGAUCGUAAUACGGGCAAAGAAGAUGAAAAUCGUAGAGGAAUAUUUCCAUCAAAUUUUGUUGGACCUGCUGAUCCAUCUGAAAUUCCGAAAACUACUGAUACGACUAAUGCUUCCGCUAACGAUACUAAUACUGCUGCUGCUGCUAUUGCUUCAACUUUAUCUUCAUCAACGGUCAAAGCUACUGUUCAGCAACAUCAAUCACUUGAUCGUAAAGAAUCCGAAUCGAUAACCGAUUCACCUAAACCGACUAAAAAAUCGAAAGCAAAAAAACAAGAAAUUGUACAAGCAGUAGCAUCAUAUACGGCAACCGGUCCAGAACAAUUAUCAUUAGAAAUUGGACAAUUAAUACAGGUACGAAAGAAAACUCAAACCGGAUGGUGGGAAGGUGAAUUACAGGCGAAAGGAAAAAAGAAACAAGUUGGUUGGUUUCCGGCAUCAUAUGUUAAACCAUUGGGUAGUGGUGUUGUUAUUGGUGGAACAGGUGGUGGUGGUGUUACAGUUGCUACAUCCGUUAGUCCUGUUGCUGCUGCUGCUGUUGUUUCUACAACAACAACUGAAACAUCUAAAAAUCCGAAUGAUGAAAUUGAAAUUGAACGUGUACAAGCAUUAUAUGCAUUCAAUGCACAACGUAAUGAUGAAAUUAGUUUUGAAAAAGAUGAUAUAAUACGUGUUUUAAGUAAAACGGAUCCAACAUGGUGGCGUGGUCAUAAUAUACGUACGAAUGCGGUUGGUUUAUUUCCAUCCAAUCAUGUACAACCGGUGUCGAAUAAUGAUGGAGGUGGUGGUGGUGGUGGAAAUAGUGAUAUAACAUCAUCAUCAUAUAAUUAGCAAAGAAAAAAAAAUGAUAAUUUUCCUUAACACUAAUUCUUCUUUAAAUCUUUCUCUUUCCUUGAAUCAAAAAAAUCUUUCCUACUUAACAGAGAAAAUAUUCUUCGAUUCAUAAUCUCUA